AUGCCGGUAUCACCCCUCAUGCAGCAGGGCCGCGUGCGCAGGGCCAUAUCAGAAAUACUAAUGUGCUUCACCAGCGCUCUACUGCCGCCCGUGUUGGAGACCCAGGCCCUUGUCGUUGCUGAAACCAUUAGCAUAUUCAAGCGUUCCCUGCGCAUUCGCGACGUGGACUACCCGUCGAUGUACGUGGGCUGGCUGGUGUACGCGUACCUGACCGCGGCGCCGGUGUGUGUCCUUGGCAGCAUCACUCUCAUCCUCAUCUUCCGCUGGAUCCACCUGCUCUUCACCAUGACUCUGAUCUUCGUCUACGUCUCCGUUAUGAUCAUGAUCGCGAUGAUUAUGGCGAUGUACCAUACUGAAACUUGGAUCGCAUGUCUUUGGACUACAUUGUUCACGUUAUUACAAACGUUCCUCGCGGAGUUGAUCGUCCACCACAAGAUAGAUCUGAAGCAUGAAGUGUUCACUUUCAUCUUGCACCUCUUUAUACCGCCGCUAGGUCUCAUGCAUGGACUGAAUGAGUUUGCUUUGCUGCAAACCGGCCAACGUUGGGAAUCAAUUGCUGUGACGUACACGAUAACAUCUUGGCUGUUCAUCAUAGCCCUAUACUUCGGCUUGCUGAUGAUUUUACAAAGAACUGUCAAACAGAACGCUAUAGGGGGUCAGGUGUCCUGGAAAUCCAUCAUAUUCAAGAAAGCCGUGGAUGUCAACAAAUUGCAUCAUAUAGAAACGCCCUCAGGGAAAGAGCGCGAAAAGUUACAAGAAGUUGAUGAGCUAGUGGCCAAGGCUAUAAGCCUUCGAAAUGUCACAAAGAGUAUAAUGGGUGGUCCAGUACUGAGCAACGUCACCCUGGAUAUUUACCGCGGUGAAUUCACAAUGCUCUACUCUGAACCUAUUCAACAGAACACCAUUCUUGCUAUUGAGGAUUUACUAACAGGGCUAACAUAUCCAGAUAAAGGGACAGUCACAGUUCUGGGGGAGGAGCUGAAACCAGGGCUAAGUCCGAUGUCCAUGACCACCAUGAUGGGAUACUGCCAUAGGAACGGAUGCCUUGUCGACGAUCUGACUGUGCAGGAACAUUUGACUUUGUUCUGUCGGAUCUGCCUAUGGAACGAAUCUACGGAGACGAUUGCUGAGUACGUGGAAAUUCGCUCAAAGCGACUUUUGUCGGAGUGUGACCUUGAGGGCCACCGGCACGAGUACGUGAGGAACUUGGGUGCUUAUUACCGAGCACAGCUGAGCUGGGCGUUGGCGCUACUUCUUGAGCCGAGGGUUGUCAUUAUACCAUCAUUCACUAGUGAUGCUAUUUACACUGCAGUCAUCAGGGACAAAAUUAUGCAAUACAAACGCUACAUAACCAUCGUAAACCUAUGUUUUACUAGUAUCUCACUUGAAUACGCCGAUCGUGUUUUUAUAUUCGACCAUGAAGUUCUGGUUUUCGGCGGUACUCCAGCUUAUAUGUUCUUUAACUACGGUCGCGAAUACCGCGUCCGUGUAACAUUUCGUAGCGGUGGUAGGGAAACUGAAGAGAAUGUUUCAAGUUUACUUAGUAGAACUUCUGAAGCCGGCGCUACAGUUAGGGCCCAUUUAGGGUCAUUACUAAUAUUACGUCUACCCGCAAGUCCGACGGCCAACGUCGCAAGUCUGGUCAAGGACCUUACGGAUAACGCGGGCAAAUAUGGAAUUAUUUCUAUGAAUAUCAGCGUACCAGAUUCUGAGGAAGUUUGUAACAGAGCUAUUUACGAGUCAAGGGCAUCCAUACAUGGCAGUGUCGAAGAGCGUGAGAUAACAAAGAAUGCCUUGAACAAUAUUGCUGAACCCGUACCGUGGCAAAGACGGAAAGACCAUUUCGGAAACAUGGACGACUUGGUGUACAUGGGAUGGAAGUUCAUCGCGUUUUACUAUAACUACAGAUUCUACUUUAUUAUAACGGUCCUGUCAGCUCUGGUAUCCGGUGUGUUUAUAGGCAUAUCUCUUUCUUCAGUCCUCGCUGAGAUGGAGAGUCACAAGGUCACAAAAACGAGCAUACAUGGAGAGAUACUAACCGUAGAGGCUUUAGAACAGAAGACCAAUUUGAUACUGAAAUGCGACAACACAAGUGAUGCUUUGUCAAUAGCAAAUGCGUACGUUAUGUCUGAAACUGCUGCGACAAAAAAAGAAGUAAAACACAUGUAUUAUACUGCGCUUUUGGAUCCAGAGAGUCUGACAGAAUAUCUCGUAACGCGCGCUAUAUAUUCGCCACAAGACUAUGUUUAUAUGUUCGCAUAUGGUCUAGAUGUAGCUUUGGUGAAUAACUCUCUUUGUGUCAAAGUGUUAUACAGUCCUCUGCACCAUGACCAAGGUGCGGCUGCAAGGUCUCUGGCGCGCACUUACAUGGCCCUGAUACGCCACUACACCUCGAUUUUGGACGCUACCAUACAGGUCACGGACUAUCCGAUGGCGUUUGACCUUACUACUUGGUUGAAAACCGCGUCUGCCCCGCCGAUAUUAAUACAGUUCCUGCUCAUUUUGACAAUAUCGCAUAUUACUCUCAUACCUUCAAAGGAAAGCGGAUUUGUGAGGCAUAUGCAGAGUCACGCGCUGAACUUCUCUCCGGCGCGCUAUUGGUUCACACUUUUCGUGUGCGACUUCAUCCUCUACUUUUUUCUUGUCAUCUUGAUGACGGCGGCCAUGGUGGCCAUCAUGGUUCUUGUAGCACCAAGAACCUUCUAUUACACUGACCUUGUGGUAGUACCACUGAUGCUAUUAGUUUAUGGACUAGGCUGUAUUCCGCAAGCGUACUUGUUCAGCAUGGGUCCACGAACAUCGCUCAACACUAUGGCGUAUGUGAUACUUAACGUCGUUUUUGGUGAAACCACGGUAUUAGCGAAGCUUCUGUACGGCAAUGCCCUCAACUAUGUCGUCAACUUCAUGACGCUAUCGCCGCAGUUCAACAUGGCGUACGCUUUCAUAAAGAUCAGAAAGAUAUUUCUCUACAACAGCGAAUGUAUAGUGUUCGAGAGGAAGAGUCUCUGCUCGCUCAAAAUGUUUCAUAAAUGUUGUUCAAAAUGUGGGGUUCUUCAAGAAUGUUUCUCGCGAAGAUUCUACCUGGCCAAGAGCGAAGGUGUCCUGAUGGACAUGAUCGCCAUUCUCACCGCCGCGGUGGUUUUCAUGGUGCUGCUACUUCUGUGGGAGUACAAGUAUAUCCAGCGGCUGUGGUCGCUGCUCCUGUACAAGCUGGUGUACCCCAGCAAGCCGCAGCACGAUACAGGCACGCAGGAGGCCAAACGGGAGAAGUGCGACGUGCUCAUGAAGCAAGACGAACUGCUCCAGAAAAGGAGAGACAGAGUGGACACGUUUGGCGAAUACCUUCUAGCGUGCAACGUCUCACUGAGGAAAUUUGGGAAAUCGGUUAUACGGAACGUUUACUUAGGCUUGGGUAAAGGUGAAGCUUUGGCCAUCUCGGGCCUAUCAGUGCAUGGUAGACUGAGACUCUGUGAAAUACUAUCAGGAUAUGAAAUGUCAACAGAGGGCAAUCUGUGGUGUUUAUCUAAAUGGAGAUCAAACAGAGAUCCACAUCAGUACGCUCAGAAUGUGACGCUGAGUUGCGACCUAUGUCCCCUGCCACACUGGAUGACAGUUUACAACGGACUGGAAAUGCUGGCAAUCCUCCGGGGCGUGCCAAAGGCGCACGCGCGGCAGGAAGUUAUGAACUACGUCGACGCUCUCGGUUUCCAUCAACAAGCCGACACGGUCAUACAGUACCUGAGCCCCGGCGAUCUGUGUCGCCUGCACUUCGCAGCUGCCACCGUCGGAGCUCCAACCAUUAUCGUCCUGGACGAGUACACGGCGUACCAGAAGUACUCCGUGCAACGCGCCAUGUACUACAUACUGUACCACUUGAGGAAACGAGGACACGGCAUCAUAAUUAGUUCAACUAGUGUUGAAAGUCACCUGCCAGUGACCAACCGCCUAGCGAUCCUGGUAAAGGGCCACAUCCACGACAUAGACCAAGUGGACAACUUGGUGACUCGCUACAGUGACAAGGGCUUUACAGUGGUACUACACCUGAAAAACGAUGUCAACGUUGAACAGAUGUUUGCCAAACACUUUAAGAUCUUCGUGAUCAAUGAUAUGACUGAGGUACAAGUAAACAUACAAGUGUUGGACGCAACCUUGACAUGGGGUACAGUAUUCGAGAGGAUGGAAGAGUUACAAGCUGAAAACAGAGAUGUCUAUUCCUACAUUAUCACUGCAACUCCAAUAGAUUACGUGUACAACUCGAUCGUAAGCUACGAAAUUGGGCGUCGGAGUGUAAUUGACGAUGAGAAGUCUUGCUGCUGCAAGUAUCUCUAUCCACAAAAGCCUAAAGCUGUGCCAAAAAAAGAGACGCUGGAUGGGCUCAUACCCUUCGAACAAAGGUUCCAUAUUACCAAGCUUACAGAGUUGCCCUGGUCUGUAAUUUUUAACAGAUAAGUGGAGAAUGAAACAGUUUU